UGUGGCGGUAUUGGCUUAGUUUUCAAAACCAAUGUUGUUUCAGUUUAAGUUACCAAUUUGAAAGAGUAAGAUCGUAACAACGUUUUAUGUGCAAAUUGGCUAUAUGUAUCUACGUAAUAUAAGAAAUAUAAACUAAUCACCAGGAUAACACAAAUUGCAGUAGAAGAAAAGGAUAACAUCAACGAAAAUACCCAAAAAAAAAAAAAAAAAAUAAACAAUUCACUAUAAUUGUUUCGUUUUCAUUGCCAGUACAAAACAAAAGAAAAACGAGCAUAGAAAAAAAUUCCUAGUUGUUUUUGAUUUCGAAAUCAACCACAAGAAACAUAUUUCUCAAAAUGUUUCCUCCUCGAAUAUUGAAAUUGUUAUUUGCGGUAUGUCUGAUAAUAGUACUUUUGUCACAGACAACAGAUAGUGCACAAACAAAAACUCGCCGAAGACUUCGAAGACCCACCAGCGCUCCCGAGGAACAAGCCGAUACUGUGGUCUCUGCUCGCAGUACCCGUGUCUCGGCCAAAAAGACUCUCGAUGGAGCAGAUGUUGCUCAAAAACGCAACGAUCAAGAAUCAGCCGCCACCACAUCAGUACGCAGCCGAGUGCGUAGUAAAUCAAAAUUACGCAGUGGCAACUCCGAGGCCACCGAUGUUGCCAGCCUAUUGGCCAGUGGCUCCAGUCUCAAGGGUAAAAAGACCAAAGCCGAUGAUGGUGGCAAGAAAAUCGUAUGCUACUACACCAAUUGGUCGCAAUACCGGCCAAAGAUAGGUAAAUUCGUUCCCGAGGAUAUUCCCGCCGAUUUGUGUACCCACAUCAUUUUCGCCUUUGGCUGGCUGAAGAAGAACAAGCUGAGCUCGUAUGAGUCUAAUGAUGAGACUAAGGAUACAGUGCCUGGAUUGUAUGAUCGCAUAAUGACCUUGAAGAAGGUUAAUCCCAAACUGAAGAUACUUUUGGCCUUGGGAGGUUGGUCCUUUGGCACUCAAAAAUUCAAGGAAAUGUCUGCCACCCGUUAUACCCGCCAAACUUUCAUAUAUUCGGCCAUACCCUUCCUGCGCAAGCGUGGUUUUGAUGGUCUAGAUUUGGAUUGGGAAUACCCCAAGGGUUCAGAUGACAAGAAAAACUUUGUUUUGCUGUUAAAGGAAUUGCGUGAAGCCUUUGAGGCUGAAGCCCAAGAGUUGAAGAGACAACGCUUGCUAUUGAGUGCUGCUGUACCCGUGGGUCCCGAUAAUAUUCGCGGUGGCUAUGAUGUACCCGCUGUGGCCAGCUAUUUGGAUUUCAUCAAUGUCAUGGCUUAUGAUUUCCAUGGCAAAUGGGAACGUGAAACUGGUCAUAAUGCUCCCCUCUAUGCCCCCUCCACGGACUCGGAAUGGCGCAAGCAAUUGUCUGUGGACAAUGCUGCCACCAUGUGGGUUAAAAUGGGUGCCCCCAAAGAGAAAUUGAUUAUUGGUAUGCCCACCUAUGGCCGGUCCUUCACCUUGUCCAGUACUGCCAAACAUGGUCCCAAUGCCCCCGCCACUGGUGGCGGCAAGGAGGGUGUCUACACCAAAGAAGGUGGUUUCCUGGCCUACUAUGAAAUCUGUGAAAUGUUGCUGAAUGGUGCCGUCUAUGUGUGGGACGAAGAAAUGAAGGUCCCCUAUUUGGUGGAUGGUGAUCAAUGGGUGGGUUUCGAUGAUGAGCGCUCGAUACGGGCAAAAAUGCAUUGGAUUAAGACGAAUGGUUAUGGCGGUGCCAUGGUCUGGACCAUCGACAUGGAUGAUUUCAAGGGUGAAGUUUGUGGAGGACAAGUGAAAUAUCCCUUAAUUGGUGCCAUGCGUGAGGAACUUUUGGGCAUAUCCAGAGGUAAGGAUGCCAAGGAUGUUAACUGGUCGGAGGUGGCUGCCACGUUUGAUGAUUUGGAUGAAUUGAUUGAGAAACCUGAACCCAUUAAAAUUUCCGUGGAAGAAAUUCUUGCCAAGGUCCGCAAACCCUCUAAGAAACAUCGCAUCAAGGGUGGAGCUUUGGCUGCUGAAAAGAAUUCACGCCCGGCCCAAGUCUUCUGUUAUCUCACCAGCUGGUCCUCCAAACGUCCUGGCGCUGGCAAAUUUGAGCCCAGCAAUAUUGAACCCAAGCUAUGCACACACAUUGUCUAUGCCUUUGCCACCCUGAAAGAUCACAAAUUGGCCGAGAACAGCGAUGAGGACCCCGACAACUAUGAAGAGAUCAUUGCUCUGCGUGACAGUAAUCCAGAUUUGCAAAUCCUUUUGGCCAUAGGUGGCUGGGCUUUCGGUUCGACCCCCUUCAAAGAUCUAACCUCCAAUGUGUUCCGCAUGAAUCAAUUUGUCUACGAGGCCAUAGACUUUUUGCGCGAUUACAAAUUCAAUGGUCUCGAUGUCGACUGGGAGUAUCCUCGCGGCUCAGAAGAUCGUGCUGCCUAUGUGAAUUUAUUGAGAGAACUUCGGGUGGCCUUUGAGGGUGAGGCCAAAUCUUCAGGUCUGCCUCGCCUGCUAUUGACUGCUGCUGUGCCUGCCUCCUUUGAGGCCAUUGCUGCUGGCUAUGAUGUACCAGAAAUUUCCAAAUAUCUUGAUUUCAUCAAUGUCAUGACCUAUGAUUUCCAUGGUCAAUGGGAACGCACAGUGGGCCAUAAUUCACCACUCUUCCCACUGGAAUCGGCGACGGGUUAUCAAAAGAAAUUGACCGUUGACUUUAGUGCCCGCGAAUGGGUUAAACAAGGUGCUCCCAAGGAGAAACUUUUAAUUGGCAUGCCCACCUAUGGUCGUACAUUUGAAUUGGUCAAUGAGACACAGUUUGAUAUUGGAGCACCAGCCUCGGGUGGUGGUAGAUCAGGUAAAUUUACCAAUGAGUCGGGCUUUUUGAGUUACUAUGAGGUGUGCACAUUCCUGGCGGCGGAUAAUACAACACUUGUAUGGGAUUCCGAGCAACAGGUGCCAUUUGCCUAUCGUGGCGAUCAAUGGGUGGGCUUCGAUGAUGAACGCUCGUUGAAAACCAAGAUGGAAUGGUUGAAAGAGCAAGGUUUUGGUGGCAUCAUGGUGUGGUCCAUUGAUAUGGAUGACUUUUCGGGACGUUGCGGCAAUGGCAAAUAUCCCUUGCUGAAUGCCUUGAACGAUGAGCUCAAGGGUUACAAAGUAAAUCUUGAAUUUGAAGGGCCCUAUGAGACACGAGGGCCCCGAGGAGCCUAUACAACAAAGGAUCCCCAUGAGGUAACCUGCGCCGAAGAGGAUGGCCAUAUCAGUUAUCACAAAGAUUGGAAUGAUUGCACCCAUUACUACAUGUGUGAGGGAGAACGUAAACAUCAUAUGCCAUGUCCUGCCAAUUUAGUUUUCAAUUUGCAAGAGAACGUAUGCGAUUGGCCAGAAAACGUUGAGGGCUGCCACGAGCCAACCGAGGCGCCAGCUUAAGUUUUAGUUUUUCGACUCAUUGACGAACGCUAAGUAACACACGCCUAUUUCACACAAAAUUUUACAUUCAUAGAAUUUCAACUUCGAUCGAUAUCCUUUUGUAUAGAACAACAACAAUAGAACAAAAGAAAACACGCUAAUAAUUUGAAAACAUUUUGAAAAAUGCUAUUGGCAUAACGUGAAACAUGUUCUCUUCUCUUCUAACGUUUAAAACUACUACGCCCCUGCCCCCACAUACCUUUAAGUUAUAUUGAAUGAGAGAUUUGCCCCAGGCGAUGCUUUCUAAGGAGAACCAACACUGCCCCUAACUGCCUAACUUUUCAAAAAAAUACUCAAUGGAAUGAGAAUAAGUAUAAAAUCACCUUAAUGUUAUGCCAGAGACAAACUAAUACGUUACGUUACGUUACGUUGCGUUACGUUACGUUACGUUACGUUGCAUUACGUCUUCUUAAGUAACAUUACGUUUACUAUGAAACUUUCGAAUUCGUUAGCUCCAUUGUAUUUGGAUAGUACGAAGCGCCCACAUAUGUCUGUACAUAUGUACUAUGUAAUUUAGUUCUAUACUAUACUAUGUUAACCAUAACCAUUACUACUCUACUACCUGUCCCCUGACACAGAGUUGUGGUAUGUAGUAGUAUGCCUAGCAUGUAGAGAUUUUUUUAUUUUGUAAAAACAAUCCCCCAAAACAAAAAACAGAAUACCAACAAUUUUUGUUCUAAAUUAGUUUAAUUAACAAUUUGUUUACUUUUACUUAUUUUCGUCGAGUUUUUCUAUGUCCCAUUUUCUAAAAAUUGUUUUGGUUUUUUUUAUAUACGCAACAUUUUUUUUAUAUUUUUCGUUUUUGUUACUUGUAAAACCGCACUUGCCUUGUUCUACCUAAAUUUGUUCUCACUAAAAAAAAAUUUAUAUAUUUUUGAAUUUUUUUCUAUAGGAAAAGCAAGAAACUAAAAAAAAAGAAAAAAUAAGUAUAAACAACUGCAGCGAAUAAAAAUAAUAAUAAUAAUAUUUAAAAAAUAUAUAUUUUCCACUUUCCAACUUCCUUCUUUACUCUACACAAAUAAUCAAUUAUUGAAAUUCUUUUGUACAUAAAACUGUGAUAAUGCCUCUCAUUUCUUCCAUUUUUCGCUCUCGCUCUCUAGCUAUAACUCUUCUAAAAAAAGUAUAAAACUUGCUGUUUUUAAUUGUUCUUCAGUCUAUUCCCUUUGCACCACAAAAUUUGUUAAAAAAUGUUCUUUGAUUUUUUUUUAUACAUAUUUUUACUUAUUUUUCUACCCGAAACAGAACAAACAAAAAACUGUAUUAUAGUGUUAUAUAUAAAACGAUAAU